GACACAGCCCCGGAGCGGGGCCGCGCCGCGCCGCGCCGGGGGAGGCGGCGGAGGAUGGAGGAGGAGAUGCAGCCGGCGGAGGAGGGGCCCAGCACCCCCAAAAUCUACAAGCAGCGGGGUCCCUACAGCGUCCUGAAGACCUUCCCCGGGAAGCGGGCGGCGCUGGCCAAGCGCUAUGAGAGACCCACCAUGGUGGAGGUGCCCCGCGGGCGCGGAGCGGGGCAGCCCUUCCCGCACGCCGCCGAGCCGCUGCCCUACGCGCCGCACGGCCCCUUCCCCAACGGGCCCGCCCGCCCCGGCGCUGCCCCCGGCGCUGCCCGCGCCCAGGGCCACCCCCGCCCGCCGCCGCCAGCCCCGAGCUCCUCGGGCCGCUACGGCCCCUGCCCGGCGGUGGCGGGGGGCGGCGGCGCGGAGCUGAGCGCAGAGAGUCGAAUGAUUCUGGAUGCCUUUGCUCAACAAUGCAGCCGGGUUCUAAGUCUCUUAAAUUGUGGUGGAAAACUACUGGACAACAAUCACUCUCAGUCCAUGAUUUCUUGUAUAAAGCAGGAAAACCCAAAUUAUAGUGAAAGACAAGAGCAAUGUCAGCUCGGGAAAAUGGUCCAUAGUCAGACGUCAGACAUUUUAGACAUAGAGAUGCAGUAUAUGCAAAAGAAACAACAAACCUCAGCCUUUCUGAGAGUUUUUACUGAUUCCCUUCAGAACUAUUUGCUUUCUGGGAGCUUCCCUUCUCAGAACACCUCAUCAAUAAAUGAUUUUAGCCAUUUGGCAGAUGUGGAUCCACUUUCAGCCUCUCCAGUGCACACUUUAGGUGGAUGGACAUCUCCAGCAACAUCGGAAUCUCAUGGUCAUCCAUCAUCUUCUACACUUCCAGAGGAGGAAGAGGAGGAGGAGGAAGAAGGUUACUGCCCUCGGUGUCAAGAGCUAGAGCAGGAGGUAAUUUCAUUGCAACAAGAGAAUGAAGAGCUUCGUAGAAAGUUGGAGAGCAUUCCAGUGCCCUGCCAGACGGUUUUAGAUUAUUUGAAGACUGUACUUCAGCAUCACAACCAGCUUAUGGUGCCACAGCCAGCAGACCAUCCAACUGAGGGGAGUAAGCAGUUGCUGAACAACUACCCUGUCUACAUCACUAGUAAACAGUGGGAUGAGGCCGUAAAUUCUUCCAAGAAAGACGGACGACGGCUCCUUCGCUAUCUCAUCAGAUUUGUUUUCACAACCGAUGAGCUUAAGUACUCAUGCGGCCUUGGGAAAAGGAAAAGGUCAGUGCAGUCAGGAGAGACAGGUCCUGAAAGACGUCCUCUGGAUCCAGUUAAAGUAACAUGUCUCAGAGAGUUCAUUAGGAUGCACUGUACCUCCAACCCGGACUGGUGGAUGCCCUCUGAGGAGCAGAUUAACAAGGUGUUCAGCGACGCCGUGGGGCACGCGCGCCAGGGCCGCGCCGUGGGGACUUUCCUGCACAAUGGCAGCUCGUACUACGAGGGGACUGACCACCCGGGGGCACAGGACGAGGUCUUCAACAGAGGGAUGCAGGACGGAUCUGGAGAUUGAUGGCACUGAGAACCGCGUCGCGCUGCAGUAGCAACCACUUAAUGUAGGAGAGACUGUUUGUUAAACAUCCCUAACCCUGCUGUCAUUUAGGAGUCCAAAGCAUGUUCGAACACACACUGCAUACAUUGCAGCUUCUCCGUCCUACCCUAUCCCAGACAACAGAAAGAAAUCCAUUUCAAGACCUGCUUUAUGGGACUUCUCAGUGCCUAUUCUUUCCAAACCCUUCAUAGCUCACUCAAAGGGAACAUGCAGUCCAUUUCAUCCAGUUGUAGAGGAAAGGUCAUUUAAAAACUAUAGAAGUGUCAAAAGAAACUACAGCUACUAUCUAUCUCUUCAGCCUAUUGAUAACAAUCCCAGGCCUGGACUCAGAACAGCUUUGCUUUCCCUGACUAGAAGAUAUGUACAAGUCUGCACACUUACAACAAAAAAAAAAA